UGUGAGGUUGCAUCUUGUGAGUGCGGUUCCCGUGGCUUAGAGUGAGGAGUUGGCUGAGGUGGUUGGCAAGUUAGCCAAAAUCCAAGAAAAGCAGAGCUCAAUGAAGGGAGGAGGAUGGUGCUCAGCCAUUGCACCCGUAUUCCGAAGGUUUUGCACCCAAGAAACCGUUGCACUGCCCGCACGGCUUGUUUGCCGGAACUGGCCUGGCUAGCCGCUUGCCAAAUUGCUGCUUUGAGGAUCCCACCAACCAGCGCAGGCCAUUGAAGCCACUCGCUGACUCGGACGCCGUGCAAAUUCCGCUUUGCUUCCCCAUAGGGCUGACCGAACCGUUUCGGUUGCCUCCUUGUCUCCCGUCGUCUUUUUCUCCUGGAUUGAUGGAUAGUUAUCGCCAAACACCGCUCGAAGGCAACACAAAACUUUUCUUUCGGUGGGCCAGUCUUCUCGAAACUUCUCCCCGUGUUUCCCAGUCGCAAGAUACCAGUCGCAGCAACGGCAACAGGCCAAUCAUCGCGCGUUGUUUCGAGUGUCUGCGGUGUAGAUAUGUUUAUCGCCUGAAAACGUUCGUCGCUUUUGCUUGCGCCUUACUACGAUAUCCCUCUACAAGCUGUUGCAAUGAUAAGCGACGACGGUCGUCCGGGAUCCAAAACUACAAACCUCAUCGUGGGUUGUGUAAUAGUCCUUGCUAUCCUCUGCGUCAUUAUCCUGAUAUACUUCGUCCUGCGAAGCCUUCGUGCUCGAAACUACGAGCCAAAAUUUAUCCCAACACAAUUCUUGAAGCGCAAAUGGAAGGAAUGGGUGCCCCGUGCCGCUUAUGGCCACGUUCCAAGCAACUCUGGAGCGGGACGAGACGGCUCAUCGUCGCUCGAUUUGGUGCAGAAUACGGCCUAUGCAGGUGCAGGAGCCGCGGAAAUGGAGGCGACACAGGCGGCAAUCGACCGACACACAUCGAUCCGAUCUAUAAUAACCCUUCCUGCCUACUCACCCAUCCCUAAGCCGUCCGAACAAGUGAUCGGAAGGGAAGGAGAGCGAGCCGGUAUGGAUGUCGUGGUGGAGUUUCCGGAAACAGUGGACGAAGAGGAGACCCGGAGAGAGGAAGAGAUGGAGGCUCUGUAUCAAAUUCGACUACGUCGCAGACAGGAAAUUGCGGAGCGAGAGGAAAGGCGGCGGAUACGCCGGGAGGCGCGUGAACGUGGAGACUGGGUGCUUUUAGAGCAACUCCGUGCGGAGAGCAGCGCUAGGGUGCAGGCCCGCGCAAACAACGAGACAGUGUCCGCAGCCUCGCUCUUAGCGGAGCAUCAGUCUCGGGGCCGGGAAAGACGCAUAUCAAGUGUAUCAUAUGCCGCUGUUGGGCAUGUCCGCCAUGAUGGCUCUCGUCUGCGCGCAAGUUCUCAGGGAUCGGAUUCCCGGCCCCUCCUAGAUACCCCCGCGGCCAUGGCCCAGGGCGGAAGUGGAAUGCCGCCGAUGCAUCGUCGUACUUUGUCCAGCACCUCUGUCCUGUCACAGUCUACAAUCUUCUCCGAUGCUGAAAAUGCACCCACUCCAGAAACUGACAUUGCAGACUCUUCUAUCCCACAACCUCCACCCUACGAAGAUCUUGGCGAGGCUCCUCCGUACGCUGAAUCACCGCAAUUUGCUCACCAGCCGACCCAGCUCGCUCCAAAUAGCAAUGUACCUAGUAUUGCUGUCGAGAAUGCGACGCCACCCCCUAGCACUCCUCAUUCGCCCGUUUUUCCUUCCAGAAGCGCUGUAUCUGUUCCACCAUAG